AUGACCGCUGCUGACCAUCUCCUGUCAGUGUUUCAACAGAAGCAGUCACAGUAUCUCAUAUCUGCAACUAUCUCGCCGCAGGCCACUGUGGAGUCGUUGAGAGCGUCCUCAACUGUACUGUUCACAGCAGUGAUGCUGGUCGCAGCCUUACUCGUACCUGGCAAGGAAGCACUGCACGAGACUUGUCACGGCAAUUUCAUGGGCUUGGUCUCUUCGGUGAUGUUCGAUCGUGUCCAUACUCUUGAUGACAUCCGCGGACUUUGCAUCGCGGCUCUCUGGGAACCUUGCCUGAGCUGGAAGCUUUCGGGGUUGUGCAUACGCAUGGCAACAGAACUAAACCUUCAUCAUGCCUUCCACUCAGCUUUCCAUGAGAUCUCAAUGAGCCAAGAGGAUCGAAAGGAGCAGCUGGAACGUGCCCGACUAUGGUAUCUACUCUAUGUUCUGGACCAUCGAAGCAGCAUCGCAUAUGGACGACCGCCCGUGAUGUCGGAGCUCAGACCCAUCAAGGAAUUUGAGAUGCUUCUCACCUCAGAUCUUUGCACCAACUCAGAUAGAGCUCUGAUCGCUGAGUUGACAGGCCUCGUGGCUCUCAGCAGAGCCUUCGAUACGUUCGGCCUUGAGCCCAGGCGUGCUAUGACGGGAGACGAAGCCGCUGUACUCGAUCAUUCGAGGUUUGCAGACAACAUACAGACCUGGAGAGACAGGUGGAAUGGUCUGAGGGCGAUGGACCAGUCAAACGCUACAUUGCACCUACUGCGAAGUGUAGAGUUACAGUACCACUUCAGCAAUCUCGUACUAAACUCUCUCGUUCUACGCGGACGAUCUUUGCAGGAGAUCAACGCUCUCCCAGCGAGUCUGCGCCCUUUGGCGCUCAAAGCAGUCGAAGCGGCGCACAUGGUCCUUCAACAUUUUCUGGACAAUCCCACGUAUGCCGAUGAGAUCGCGGGCAUGCCUCUGUACUUGCAUUCCAUCAUCCCUUUCUCGGUGGUCUUCCUGAUGAAGCUGGCACGACGAUGGAAUGCGAUCGGAAUCACCAUCGAUGCUCCUCAACGAACGUUUCAUCUCAUCGAGCGUGUCAUUCGUCUGUUGCAGAACUGUCAAGUGGGCUCAGACCACAUGAUCUACUCUAUGGCAAAAGGCUUUGAUAGGAUGUUCAGGCGUGUCAAAUGUAGUGACGACGUCGGCACCUCCUCGACACAAUAA